CGCUAGCCCUUCCUCCCUCCCGGAGUCCCCGUGUCGUGCCUCUCCCGGAAACACCUUACUGCUGGGUAUGAAGAGGUUGUCUGUGCUGCUGGUGGACUGCAGGAAAACAACAGGGCUGAGUGGAACUGUGAGAGGAGGAGAAGAGAAGAAAGGAUCAGAUUUGACUCAUCAAAGAGAGAGAUCAGACUCUCACGUUGACAGCGGUAAGAGUCCUUCGGGGGAUCCGGACCCAGCGACGUCCAAACCAGCUGGACGACACCACUGCUCCCAGUGUGGAAAGAGUUUUAACCAUUUAGGGAACCUGAAAACGCACGGGAGGACACAUACGGGAGAGAAGCCGUACCACUGCGCCCUGUGUGGAAAGAGAUUCACCCAUUCAGGGAGCCUGAAAGCACAUACGAAAAUACACACAGGGGAGAAACCUUAUCACUGCUCUCAGUGCGGAAAGAGAUUUAUCCAGUUAGGGAACCUGGAAUCACACGAGAGAACUCACACAGAAGUAAAGAGGCUUUUCCACUGUUCUCAUUGUGAAAAAACGUUUAAGAAUUUAGGGAACCUGAAAGUGCAUGAGAAAUGCCAUACAGGGGGGAAGCUUUUCCGCUGCUCCCAGUGUGGAACGAUAUUUACCCAGUUUAGGCACCUGACAGACCACGAGGUAACACACACAGGGAAGAUGCCUUACCACUGCUCCCGGUGUGGAAAGACAUAUUUCACGUCACAUGCACUUAGUCUCCAUGAGAGAACACACACAGUGCUCCCGCCCUUAUCUCAUAUUUUUGACUGAAAAUCGUGUUUUUUUGUUUAUGCCACAUUAAACCAAAUUGUAGAAAGUAUACUCGACAGCGAUGACGACGAAACAAAAGUUACCCUCUGUUUCUUCUUGAGAAAACGCGUUAAAACAAUUCUUCAACAUUAAAUUCUUAUUACUACCAACUGAAAUAAGAAUUUCCAAUAUUAUUUUUCCAAUCAAGUGAAAGAGCUCUACCAGGCGGUUGAGAAGUCAAGAGGGUCAUAUCUACAGUGACACAUUAGAAUGGCGUUUUGUUACAGAGCUCUACCAGGCGGUUGAGAAGUCAAGAGGGUCAUAUCUACAGUGACACAUUAGAAUGGCGCUUUGUUACAGAGCUCUACCAGGCGGUUGAGAAGUCAAGAGGGUCAUCUCUACAGUGACACAUUAGAAUGCCGUUUUGCAUAGCAUUUUUACUGAUCUAGAAAAUAUACGUUUACUUUAGGUGUGUUUCAAUGGCCUUUUUUAAUACAUAGUUAAGCAUUGUUAAAUGAGGACUGAUCUCAAACGUGGAACAACGUAUGGUAAUAUUCAAUGACAGUUUGAAAUGUUUGUGUUUUUCCAGGUAGUGGACACAGUAGUAGUCCCACAAAACGGCUUUCUUGAAUUUCAAAUGGAUUCCACCACGUUUCCCCCCAUCUUCAGACUAUAUUUUACGAUAAUAUAUGACUAAACGCCAUUUUAUUUUAUUACUGUUACAGACUUUGUUUUAUUGGUCGAUAGUCUGAAUAUUGAUUAUUUGACGUUAUGAGGCUGAAAUGUGGAUAAAACCACUUAUGUUGCGUAGAAGUAGCUUUUCCUUUCUUUCUCACGGUCAUAGACUGAAUUGUAGUAGCAGUAGUAGUCGCUGUAGUAGUGGUAACUGUGGUAGUAGUAACAGUAGUAGUAACAGUAGUAGUGGUAGUAGCAGUAGUACUGGUAGCAGUAGUAGUAGU